AUGUGUCAUCGGAGCAUUGAAGCUGGUAGAUCAACUGAAGAGUUGUAUGCAGCAAGCAGGCACGAGGGCUUCUUAGAAACGGUCAGAGGUCGUAUCUUAGCUGGCAAUUACUUCCUUUUGGACAAGAAUUAUGAGCGUUACUUCUUGCAUGCCCAACGGGUUCGCCGUCUCAUCUCCCAGGAUUUCCAGAAGGUCUUUGAGAGCGGAGUGGACGUUAUCGUAACACCGACCACCAUCUCUGAUAGUCCCACGUUUGCUGAAUUUUGUGAGGUUGAUACCAGGACACAAGCAGAGAGGCAGGAUAUCUUUACUCAACCUGUUAACCUAGCAGGUAAGAUGUUUCUUUCUGAAUCUAAGCCUUCAUUUUUAAUCACUCUGACCAUAGAUUGGUGAAAUUAACCCCACCCCCUCUCUUUCUCUUUAUAAUCCAUGGUUUUGGGGGACAAUUUUAUUGUAAGUUUUACCUAUAUCACAUCUACCACAUAC